AUGGCGGCAGGCCUUUUGCUCCGCGGUCUCCGCUCAUCGGCGAGCCAGGCACAUAUCCACUCUCUUUCCCAUGCCUCCUCCCCGUCGGCGCUGGGGUCUUCCCUUCUACGCUGCCUCUACUCCUCUGCGGCGGCGUCAACCGCCGCCUCGGCUGCUUUCACGCCCGGCGGCGUCAUGGACCCGUCCCGCAUCCGCAACGUGGCGGUGAUAGCCCACGUCGACCAUGGGAAGACGACGCUCAUGGACCGGCUCCUGCGACAGUGCGGGGCCGAUAUCCCCCACGAGCGCGCCAUGGAUUCCAUCAGCCUUGAGCGCGAGCGCGGCAUCACCAUUGCCUCCAAGGUCACUUCUGUCUCUUGGAGGGAAAAUGAACUCAACAUGGUCGAUACACCUGGCCACGCUGAUUUUGGUGGUGAGGUUGAACGAGUUGUUGGGAUGGUGGAAGGAGCUGUCUUGGUUGUUGAUGCUGGGGAGGGACCUUUAGCACAAACUAAAUUUGUGCUUUCAAAGGCUUUGAAGUAUGGCUUGCACCCAAUUCUUCUCCUCAACAAGGUUGAUAGGCCUUCAGUUUCUGAAGAAACCUGCAAUGAAGUAGAGAGCUUGGUUUUUGAUCUUUUUGCAAACCUUGGUGCUACAGAAGAACAGUUAGAUUUCCCAGUUCUUUAUGCAUCCGCUAAAGAAGGGUGGGCUUCCUUAACUUUCACUAAGAGCCCCCCUGAUAAUGCAAAGAAUAUGUCUUCAUUGCUCGAUUCCAUUGUACAGCAUGUUCCUUCACCAAAAGCUGAUCUUGAGGCUCCAUUCCAAAUGUUGGUUUCCAUGAUGGAACGUGAUUUUUAUCUAGGACGAAUACUCACUGGGAGAGUAAGAUCUGGAGUUGUCCGUGUUGGUGACAAAGUCCAUGGUCUUCGCAGUACAGAUGAUGGAGUUCAGAAGAUUGAAGAUGGAAAGGUUGUCAAACUCAUGAAAAAGAAAGGCACAAGUAUGGUAACAGUAGAGGCUGCAGGGGCUGGUGAUAUAAUUUCAAUGGCAGGAUUGGCUGCUCCAGCAAUUGGACAUACUGUGGCAAAUUCAGAGGUAUUGACUGCUCUGCCUACAAUUGAGUUGGAUCCUCCCACAAUAUCCAUGACAUUUGGCGUGAAUGAUUCACCGUUGGCUGGCCGGGAUGGCACUCAUCUAACUGGAGCAAAAAUUGGUAACCGCCUGAUGGCAGAGGCAGAGACGAAUUUGGCUAUUAAUGUUCUCCCUGGACCAUUAUCAGAAUCUUAUGAAGUUCAAGGAAGAGGAGAGCUUCAGUUAGGAAUAUUAAUCGAAAACAUGCGGCGUGAGGGAUUUGAGCUUUCGGUGUCACCUCCAAAAGUGAUGUAUAAAACAGAGCGUGGUGAAAGGUUGGAGCCUAUUGAAGAAGUGACUGUUGAGGUGGAUGAAGAGCAUGUGGGAUUCGUCUUGGAAACCAUUACACACAGGAAGGGUGAAGUAGUUGACAUGGGCCCGGUUCCUGGGACAACUGGAAGAACUCGAAUCUUCAUGACCUGUCCAUCUAGGGGUUUGGUGGGUGUCAAAGGAAUUUUCAGCAGCUUUACACGUGGAACUGGAUUUAUGCACCGUGCUUUCCAGGCAUAUGCUAAAUACAGAGGUCCACUUGGCAGUGUCAGAAAGGGAGUUCUGAUAUCUGUUGGUAAGGGACUUAUCACUUCACAUGCCCUUAUGAGUUUAGAAGCUCGCGGGAUCCUCUUUGUAUCUCCUGGAACGGAGGCAUAUGAAGGCAUGAUAGUUGGUGAGCACUCACGUGACAGUGAUCUUGAGGUGAAUCCUGUGAGAACUAAAGAACUUACAAACAUCCGAGCCCCGGGAAAGGAUGAAAAUGUUCGUUUGUCUCCACCUCGAUUGAUGAGUUUGGAAGAGGCAAUUGGAUAUGUUGCUGCAGAUGAGCUUAUUGAGGCAAGUAUCAUAAGUUCUUAA